GAGGGAAUUCCCGGGAAUUCUCGGGGAAUUCCCGCCCAAAUCCCCUUUUCCCGCGAAUUCCCGCUGCAAUUCCCGCCCUUCUCCCAAAUUCCCGCCCUUUUCCCCGCGUCCCCUCUGGAAUCUCCGCAGUUCCCGGGAUUUCGCCUUUUCCCGAGGUUUUCCUUCGGGAUUUUUGCCGCGAGCUCCGGAAUUCCCGAGGGAGGACAAAUCCCGGGAAUGUUCCCGCCAGGACUUCCCGGUAAAAAGCGGGCAUGGCUCCACAAAAUCCGGGAAUUCUCCUUGAAUUACCAGUUUGGAGCCGAAUUUCGGGGGCCGACUUUCCUGGAUUUUCCAAGAGAGGGGAAUUUCUGGAAAAAAUUGGGGAUAUUCUGGAAUUUCCGGGAAUUCCAGAAAUUCCGCGGGAUUUUGGGAAUUUUCCCAGUUUUCCCAUGGCUCCAUUCCCGAGUUUUCCAUGGAUCCAUUCCUGGGUUUUCCCCGGGUUUUCCAUUUCUGGGGUCCAUUCCUGGGUAUUCCAUGGAUCCAUGCCUGGUUUUCCUUGGAUCCACUCCCCAUUUCCACUGAUCCAUUCCCAGGUUUUCCAUUUCUGGGAUGCAUUCCCUUUUCCCCAUUGAUCCAAUCCCGGUUUUCCAUGGAUCCAUUUCUGGUUUUCCAUGAAUCCAUUCCCAGGUUUUCCCCCUGUUUCCCAUGGAUCCAUUCCCGGGGUGUUUCCAUGGAUCAGUUCCCACUUUCCUUGGAUCCAUUCCCAGUUUUUUUCCCGGAUUUCCCAUGGAUCCAUUCCCGUUUUCCAUGGAUCCAUUCCGGGUCUUCCACGGGGUUCCCAUGGAUCCAUUCCUGGGUUUCCAUGGAUCCAAUCAUGGUUUUCCAUGAAUCCAUUCUGGGUUUUCCAUGGAUCCAAUCCUGGUUUCCAUGGAUCCAUUCCUGGGUUUUUCCCCAGUUUCCCAUUAAUCCAUUCCCAGGUUUUCCAUGGAUCCAUUCCCAGGGGUUUGCAUGGAUCCAUGCCUGGUUUUCCAUGGAUUCAUUCCCGGGUUUUCCAUUUCUGGGAUUCAUUCACGGUUUCCCAUUGAUCCAGUCCUGGAUUUUCCUUGGAUCCAUUCCCAGGUUUUCCCCCUGUUUCCCAAGGAUCCAUUUUGGGUUUUCCAUGGGGGUUCCCAUUGAUCCAUUCCCGGGUUGUUUCUGUUGAUCCACUCCCGGGUUUUCCAUGGAUCCAGUCCUGGUUUCUCAUGUAUCCAGUCCUGGGCUUCCCAUGGAUCCAUUCCCAGGAGUUUCCAUUGAUCCAAUCCCAGGUUUUCCACGGAUCCAUUCUCAAUUUUCAUGGAUCCAUUCCCCAUUUCCAUUAAUCCAUUCCAGGUUUUUCUGGGUAUCCCAAGGAUUCAUUCCCAUUUUUCAUGGAUCCAUUCCCUGGUUUCCAUUAAUCCAUUCCCCAUUUUCAUGAAUCCAUUCCCAGGUUUUCCCUGGUUCCCAUGGAUCCAUUCCCAUUUUUCAUGGUUCCAUUCCUGGCUUUUUCUGGGUUUCCAUGGAUCCAUUCCUCAUUUCAAUGGAUCCAUUCCUGGGUUUUUCCUGAGUUUUUCCCAGGUAUUCCAUGGAUACAUUCCAGUUUUCAAUGGAUCCAUUCCCGGGUUUUCCCCAGUUCCCAUGGAUCCAUUCCCAGGAGUAUCCCUGGAUCCAUUCUCGGGUUUUCCCUGGUUCCCAUGGAUCCAUCCCAUUUUCCCUAGAUCCAUUCCUGGGUUUUCCGUGGUUCCCAUGGCUCCAUUCCCAGGGGUUCCAAUGGAUCCAUUCCCGUUUUCCCUGGAUCCAUUCCCGGGUUUUCCCCGGUUCCCAUUGCUCCAUUCCCAUUUUCCCUGGAUCCAUUCCUGGGUUUUCCGUGGUUCCCAUGGCUCCAUUCCCCAUUUUCCCUGGAUCCAUUCCUGGGUUUUCCCUGGUUCCCAUGGCUCCAUUCCCAGGGGCUCCCAUGGAUCCAUUCCCGUUUUCCCUGGAUCCAUUCCGGGUUUUCCCCGGUUCCCAUGGCUCCAUUCCUGUUUUCCAUGGCUCCAUUCCUGGGUUUUCCCCGGUUCCCAUUGCUCCAUUCCCAUUUUCCCUGGAUCCAUUCCUGGGUUUUCCCCGGUUCCCAUGGAUCCAUUCCCCAUUUCCCUGGAUCCAUUCCGGGUUUUCCCCAUUUUUCAUGAAUCCAUUCCCAUUUUCCAUGGAUCCAUUCCUGGGUUUUUGCCUGGUUCCUAUUGACCCAUUCCCCAUUUUCCAUGGAUCCAUUCCUGGGUUUUCUGUGGUUCCCAUGGCUCCAUUCCCGUUUUCCCUGGAUCCAUUCCCGGGUUUUCCGUGGUUCCCAUGGCUCCAUUCCCAUUUUCCCUUGAUCCAUUCCGGGUUUUCCCCGGUUCCCACGGCUCCAUUCCCGUUUCCAUGGAUCCGUUCCGGGUUUU